AUGGGAGAUAGUAGUACUAAAACCUUGAUUCAACAACAUGUCAAAGAAGGAGGUAAUGCUAAAAUUAUUCUUGGCGACACGGUUUUAUCUAAAGCGACUGAUACGCCUGUUCAAACAGCAUUGAAAGCAGCUGGUAAAGCCAUCGAGAGUGGAAGCGAUCUAGUAGCUAUGCCAGCACUCUGGUUGAAAGAUAUGCAAAAAAAUUGGCUUAUGUACAUGAUUCUUGCUGCUAUUAUUUUAUUAACAAUUGCAUUUUUAUAUUGUGCGGUUCGUUCUUAUUUCAUGCGCAGGGAAAACAACUCGUCUAUGGGUAAUCUUAUCGAACUUGCCUCAGUGUUCGCCAACAAAAAUUCGUCAUUACAAACACAAUUGCCAUUGUCAGGACCGAAAUUAUCAUCGGCUUCACCAUCAACAGUUGUAGAUUUGGGAGUUUAA